CUUUAAUUUAUAUUUUUACGCGUGCCUGACUUAACAAUGAAACAAUAUUUUUUUUAGCGAAAUACCAGUUUUAAUAGAUUAACUUAAAAAAUGAGCAGAAACAAUUUGUAAUAUUAAUAAUAUUUCUCGAGAACAACAAAUUAGUAGCAAAUUCAUCGGAUCGUUAUUACAUUUCCAUUUACGUAUACACGUAAUUCUCGUUUUGUGAUCUAAAGCAUCUCCAAAUAUUCUAAUAACAUUUAUAUCGAAUCUUUUACCGAUUGCAUCUGUAAUUGGUAUCUUAAAAACUGCAGAAAUUUGAAUUAUCAAGAAUUGAUAAUAGAUCGAUAGAAUAUGAAUACACAAUUGGAUAAGAGAUAGCGCUAGUCUACCGACUAUUAAAAUUGUGGUCUUUUUUGUAUAAUGCAAUUCUAUUUUGUAAUUUGACGUCCUAUCUGUAACGGUCUAUGUAUAGCUAAAAUAAGUUGUACAAACUGGCCAGAUGGCUCUACCAAGGCCCUUACCUCUUUUGUAAAAAAUAUAUUUUGUUAAUCUCUCGUAAACUGCAAAAGUUUAAACCAAGAAAUUUACAAAGUAUCAGGAAAGUAUAGCCAGAGGAGAAGCAAUUGUGAAAUCCUACCAUGUUUCAAUCUCAUCGCGACCAUCAUGGUGCAUCUGACCGCGAAGAUCCUCGGUUUAGUGAUCUCUGCGAUCAAGAACCUUCGCGAGCUCAGAGGAUCUACACCGCGUGAAAUUCUACAGUAUAUUUCAUCCGUUUAUAAUAUUUCGUCUGCCGUGGCACGACGUCAGAUGCAGAAUGCUUUGAAGCGUGGAGUCAUUUAUGGCAUCCUGAAGAAGACUGGUAGUCAUUACAGUUUGCCGACCGAUAAUGAAUUUGCACGCCAAGAGGUGACUGUUCAGGAGAUCGGCAUGCUGGAUUUGUAUUGCCAGCGAAAGGUUCAUCGAUCGAGGGGUGGCAGGGCACGACGUAACAGUGAUGCUGGACGCAGUCGAAGGGUUGUCUGCAGGUGCAGUAGAAAAGACGCGCGACGAAGGUCACGAGAGUGCAGGUCAAGGUCCUGCAGGAGGAGAAGAAGGGGAAGAUGCGGACACGCAGACUUUGAGAGACGUGUUCACGACGAGACCACGAGGCCUAGAGUCGGACUUAUUUCGCCCGCUGACAAAUUGACUGAUAAGUCGACUGUAUCUAACCGAGUCACGACAGGGGACGACGUGAUUGGCGGCAUUGAGCGAAGUAAUCGCUCAAGCAUGCCUUCCGAACAAUGGGAUCGCAGCAUACCGUUAUCAUGUUAAUCAUGGAGGUAUUUCUGUGAUAUCGCUCCCUCGGGAGUCCUAAAUCUCAUUUAAUUUGUCAAGCAACACUCGAAUUGUUUUGGAAAGUAAAUUUUGUCCCCAUUGCCAUUUGAAUCUUUUCUGUAAGUCUUUCCAUGUGCACUAAUAGUUUUCAAUACAUAUGUAGUUUCAAUACAUGAAAUUUGAUAGAUAUAUUGAAAAAAAAGAAUAGAAUUUUAUUUGUAGACAAAUGUUAUUUGUACAACUACCUAUGCUUUUUACUAUUGUAUGUUUUUACUGCUGAAUAAAACAUAGUGAAACUACAAAAACAAUUUUAUGAUUUAAU